AGGGGCUCAGAUGUUCCUCACAGACAAGGAACGAAUCUCCAGGAUGAUCAUGCCCAGAUUCCGUAGUUGGAACAUACAUUCAGUUGUGUCUGCUAUGCAGGGUCAUUCUAAGGGUAUGCUUAAGUUAUUGCUAUCAGGUAUGUUUACCCUGUGAGGGGAUCCUGGGAGCAAGUCUACCAUUCCCAGCUAGCAGCUCCUGCUCCCACACUGGGAUAGCAGUGCACCUUUACCUGGGCUCAUCCUUGUCUCAACAUUUUUCAAACAGAAGUGAGAGGCACCAAGCUGGUCAUAGUUUACUUCUCUCCCAGUCUCUGCUCUCAGACUAGCUACAACACCAUUGCAAUUGGAUGCAAAACCAGCAACAGCAAUUUGCUUCAAACUCCUAACUAUCCAGAGGCAAUCAUCUAUGCUUUUCUCUGCUCUUGAGAUAAAGACAUAACUCCAUAACAUUCAAUGAAGGCCUGCAGGGUUGGCCCACCAGGUUUUCCACCUGUUUAUUUCCCCUCGCCCCUCUCUCUUCAUAAUGGGGGACUCUCUGUCUUUCCUACUUUCCUCUUACCUCCCACCACAAGGCCUUUGCACAUGCUACUUCCUCUGCCUGGAAAGUUUCCCCUUCCCUCCCCCUUCACAUGUUCCAAUUUUAUUCUGCUGUUCAGACCUCCCCGCCAUGCCACAACUCCAUCAUCACAGACUGCUAUCCAGUAAGUUUAUGUCCAUCUGAUAAUAAUCCCACUGGAUUUAGCUCCCUCUGUUUCUGCUCACCUGUUGUCCACAGUUUGUGGCGUAUGAUAGGUGCUCAACAAAUAAGUCUUAAUAGCUGAUUAUUUAAUUAUUAUCACAACCCUAUGAAACAAGACUGUUACCAUUUCCCUUUGGCAAGUGAAUAAAUAGAGACUAAGAGAGGCUGAGUUGGAACUAAGCUUGGUCUCGCUCUCUCUAAAGCUGGUGUUUAUUACACCAUGGCACCUCCACAUCCCAACUUCUCAGUCUUGCCUUUGGCCUUCCAUCUUGGCUUCUGGAGUACUUCUGUCCACCUCCCCUGCUUUGCAGCACAAGGACAUCUGCUGCUAGUUUGGUUUUUUGGUCAGACAUCUGCCUGCCCUAGUGCCCAGGGGUCCCUAAAGGGUAGGAAUCUCAUGUUUAGUCACCUCCUUCUCUGGUACCUGUGGCUAUUCCUGCCCAGGACAUGGUAGAUUCUCGGUAGGUGUUUGGGAAUCUCUUUCCCCUCUGUUUCAACCAGGCCUCUAUGGAUUACUAGUGAGAGAAAAUUCAACCUGGCUUAAAGAAAAAGGAAUAUAUAUUAGUUUGUGUAAUCGAAGAUAUUCAAGAGCAGACUGGAUUCAGGUAUGACUGGAUUCGGAGUUCAAACUAUACCUUCCGGGCUCAGUUCUUUUGCUGUUGCUUUCUGCUGAUGAGCUGCAGUUUCAAACUUCCUACAAUAGCAAGGUGAUGGCUUGCCAGAGCUCUGGCCCCUCUGUGUCUCAGCCACUCAGCCUCAGAAACCACCUCCCUCCCCAGCGCUGAACGAAGGUCCUCAGCAUGGCUAACACAGGUCUGAUGUGAGGUCACUUGUCUCCUCCUCACCUAAUUGCUGUGGCUAGGGAGACACCCUGAUUCAAGCAAGACCCACUCUUAAAGCUGGGAGUGAGGUCAGCCCCACCAGAGAACAAGAGUUGGGGGUGAGGGAAGCAGAGGGACACUUUUACCAGGGAAAGAAUUAAUGGAUGCCAGGCCUUGAAGGCCAGCUUUCCACUACGAUCUCCUUUCAGGAUUUUUCAAGCUGACCUUAUACCUCCUCUGACUCUGACUUCCCGUUCCUCAAGUCCCUUCAGGGAAGUCUGUCAGGCCUGGGGCUGUAAACAGAUCAUGGCAUCCUUAUUCCUUGAGCAGAGAGGGUGAGUCCUCUUCUAGCUUCUGCAUUCACAGGUUUUGCUACUCUGAGAACCCCCAGCUAAUGUGUGACUGGCACAUCCAGCUUAGUGUCAUACUUCCAGACACCCAGAGCCCACGAGCCUGGCCCUGAAAAGAGGCCCUAGGGGAGGAUCCUGAUCCUCUGCCUUCACACUCUGAGAAGCCAGCCUUGUUCUAGAGGUAGUCGGUGGGGAGAAUUUCCUGAAGUCCUUAAUGAUGCUCUCCAGGGAGCUCAGAGAGGUUUCUGAGAAAUGUGUGGGCAGGGGCUGUGUAUACUACUCCAACCUCUACACAGCCACCCCACACGCAGAAACACCACACGCGGACAUGCACUCACACACAUCCGCACACUCACCAACACUGCCAUCUCUCUGCCUCCCUCGAUUCUGCCCUUCCUCCCUCUCUCUCGUCUCCCUCUUUCUCUCACAGUAUGCUCUUACAUCUUUCCUACAUACUCCACAGACCCUCUUCUGUCCUCCUCCUUUCUCACUCUGCCCUCUCCCGCUGGUCCUUCCCUCCUUCUCCUCCUUCUCCUACCACCUCAGCGCCUUCCCUCUCCCCAUCCUUUUUUCUCACACACACAUUCCCAUUUCUCUCACAUACACACACAUGAUAUACCCAAUCUCUGUCACUCUCACGCACACUCCCCGCUCACACUCCAUACCGUAACACUCCACCAUCCCCCUCCCCCAGACUCCAGCACCCGCACCUCCAACCCUGGCCUUCCGACCAUGUCUGUGACUGCUGUCCCUUCAAAGGUUGGCCUUCAUAGGUUUUCUCAGGCCAUUCUACCUCUAGAUACACCCCAGAUGGCAGCCAAAUCCUAAACCAGUGUUUCAUCCUCAAGGAGCAGUCUCACGCCCUCACAGAGUGACUCAGGUGAGAGGGCUGUAGUCAAAAAAGGGGCGACCUGGGCAUGGUCACACAGCCACUGUGACAGCAUUGGGGAUGAAACCCGGCUCUGUGAACCUGUAGGGCAGUAUUUUCUUGUGUCUCUCUUCUCUUUUGAAGUGCAUCUCGCACAUCCUGAAUCUUCACUGUGUAAUAAGGGAGGUGCUGUGAGGAUAAAGUCAAAUUUAGCAUACGGCAAAGGGAGCCUUACAAAUCAAUGCGGGAACCUGUGUGUGCAGGUAAUUUUGAGUUCAUGGGUUUGACUCCUCGCAACCACAGCAAAAUGACCAAAGAAGUAAAAGAUCAUUUUUAGUGGGUCUGUUUCUGCUCUGGAUACAGGAAUGGCUGUCCCAGGCCAGAAUUCCUGCAUGAUCUCACUAGGAGGACUCUGUGGUGGGACAUCUGGAGCAGCCCCCAGGGGAGCUGCUAUGAGAGCAGCCUAAGCAGUAGGGUCUAGCCUGGCAGAUUCCCCAGGACCCCCAUCUCAGAGCAGCAGAGCUGAGAGUGUCGAUCACAAUGUGGCAUUGGGAAAAGGCAUCGGCAUCUUUGAAGUAAUGAAAACUUUCUUUACCAGGCAAAAUAACAACUGUAAGAAAAAUCUGGGCACUCUGAGAUAUAGCUUGGCAAAGCUUGUGCUGCUUGGCAAAGUCCCUGGUUUACUGUUUGGGUGAAGCAAAACGCUCCACCCAUCGUCCUCACUCCUCGCCUUCUGCAUCAGCCUGCCUGGCUAUCGGCAGCCCUGCCAACAACUCAGUAAAAGGCUCCUCUGUUGCCAUGGAGGCUUUUGACUUCCUCAGUGAGGCCUAGACCUUGACUCACUGCCUUUGCAAAGAAAACAAACCACGACCAAAAGAAGAAAAGCUUAUGGGAAUAGGAAAUUAAUUACUUUUCUGCAUAACAGCUAAAAUUAUUGAGAGCUGAUUCCUGUACUGUUCUAAGCACUCACCUACCCUCACAACAACUCCUUAAGGCAGAUAUACUUUGCCCAUUUUACAAAGGCAGAAACUAAGGAAAGAGAGAUCAAGUAACUUGUCCAUGGUCUCACAGAAAGGAAGUCGAAGAGUCGGGAUUCAUAUCCAGAUAUGUUGGCUCCAGGGUUGGCAUUCUUAUCCUCUGACCUACAGUGCCCUCAAAAGAGUUCAAAAAUCUGUGGGCUUUCCAAAGAGUGGGUUGUAAGGUACUUGGUUGAAUCUUGGUCAGUGUUUUCAAUUUUAGUAGGAAAAAAAAAAAAAGUCCCCUCUCAAAGCAAUUUAUUCAAGGCUUCUCUUGGGAGAUAUUUUUGGCUAUAUACAGAUGGAGUAGAUCUUUCUAUUCAGAGCUCUAAAGUCCACCAUGGUGGGUAAUGUUAAAAUAAAAAACAACCCCCCCCCCACCCGCCACCACCUACACAGACAAGAUCUUUGGCCAGGCUCCCACUCUGGAGGUGGGGAUUGAGAACAAAUGUGCACGACUUUCCAUUCCUGAGGAAGUGUCCCACAGGGUGGUACCGGAGCUCAGAGCCUCCCGUGUGUCUGUAGACAGAAGUCUGCAGAGGCAUGGAAAUGCUGCAGAACCCAUUUGGUGGUCUUGCCUGUUCGAACUAUGUGGACACUGGAAGGGGUACUUGUGACCCUCCAUUGACAGUAUGAACAACAGGGGUGGAAGAUGAGCUCAGUGACUUAAAGAGAAUGAAGGGUUGCCACAGGAAUUCAGCUGGAAGAGUGUUAGAGAGAGCUGGUGUUCCUCUUCUGCUCCUCUCUGUCAAAGCAACCCUGGACAUUCUGAUCUGAGUUUAGUACUGCACUCCCUUUUAAAUCAGAGUUAUUAGCACUUUCACUAUCAAAAUGAAAAGUCAAAAUGGAUUAGCGGAUUGGAUGACCUGUGCUGGGCCCCAUCAGAGACCACUCCAUGAUUUCAACUUAUUUUUCACGUCAAACAAGAGCAGCCUUUUUGAUAUGUAUACUUAAGUAGAAGUGCAUUAAGUUUGUGUUUUAUUUGCUAAAUAUAAAUUGCUUUCCAUUUUUAAAAAAAUAAGGUCAUUGAUUUUUGCCUGAAAAUGAAUGAGGCAUGCACCUUUUCAAAGUGUUUAUGUAUAGCCUGCAUAUGUGGUACGAACCCAUUUGUAAUGCAAUACAUUCCAUAAAAGUGUGAGCAGAAUUUUGCAUGUGUGCAUUUGUCUGGAAAAGAGGGACCCUUUGGUAGCGGCUGUGGGUAGUUGGCAGUGGGCAAAAAAAGGACUGAUUUUUUUCUUCCCUCCUAACACUCUCUGUUUAUCUGCAGAUCCUUUUCUAUCUAAGUUCUACAUAAACAGUGUUGCACUGUAAGCAAAGUGCCCUGGGUCUUCAUGAAUAUUCUGAAUCAUGCAUGCAUACUCACAGAGGGAAGCUAGUGCUGCCAACCUCUUCACAAUAAAGGCAUAUGCAUUCUUCCUGAUCAAAUAUUCUGUCCCCUUCUCUUCUGGAUGUGUGUAUGUCUCUCUAUUUCUCUCAGUCUGUGUGUGUGUGUGUGUGUGUGUGUGUGUGUGUGUCCUUACAGAUCAGAGGUAAAAUGACCUAUAGAAAUAUCUGGGAUUAUUAUUGACAUUUUACAGUCAUUUCCAAAAAUGCAAAACAAACAGCUAUCUCCAGGCAUAUAUUAAGAGGGUGUGUGUGUGUUUGAGUGUGUGUGUGUGUGUGUGUGUGUACAUUUGAUUAGGAAUUUCAAGUCAAGAUCUCAUGUUUGUUUCAUUCAGCACCAGAAUGAAAUUUUAUCUGAAAAGUAUCUGGUUUGGAUAGAAAACAGAUUGGCCCAGCUGAGAACUGGCAUUUGGAAGUGCGCUAGACAAUUAACCAGCUUUUCCUGUAGAACUUUCUUUCUGGUGACCAUCUGAUUUUGCCCUGCCUAUGUAGAAGGGAGGGGGACCCACAUCAGAAGAGGAUGGGUGUUGCAGGAGGCACAUUUCAAGAAAGUGACUGGCUUUACCAAAAAAAAAAAAGUGUUUCUUCCUAGUCCAAGAUAAGUUUCUUCAUAACUUAUGUGGUCUGAGAAAAAAUGCUAUGUUUAUUAAUAAUAGUACUUUGCAGAUGAGAGGGCACUAAUAUUUGAGCACUAUAAUAUGCAAAGCAUUGUAAUUUGGUGGAGUAUGAGCAUGAUGUCUUUAGUUCCUUUCAACAAAUUUAUGAAACCAGGGUGAAGGUGAGGAUGGUAGCCAUUUGUAUAAAUAAAGAUACUGAGGUUCAUAGUAGCAAAAUAAUUUGCCUAUGGCCACAGGGCUAGGGAGUGGUCACAUACUCUCCAUCAUAGUAUAUGUUUACAUAUGCACUGGAGUCAACAUGAAUGGGGCCAAACAUAUAUAUACAACACACUCUUGUGCUUUUCUUAUACCACAGGGAGUGUACUGAUUUGCCCUUCCCAGAGAAAGAUCCCCUGAGAUUUCUCUUCCAAUUAUUCCCUUCCCUCUGUCCAGUCUCUUGCUGCUAUUUGAAGCAUGUUUGUGUUAAGAACAUUUAGCUAAAGCAAACCUCAUAGUCUGUGACUGACAAGAAAGCACAUGAUAAAACCAUGUCUUUGGUUUUUCCAUAUCUUAAAUUUACAACGCAAGAAAGUGGGGGGAAAAAAAGUAAAAAUUCAUGUAACAUUUCCCCUACAAAGUUGUAUUAAACCGGGCAGCUUUAAAUGAGCUUUGGUGCCUCUCCCUCCCUGUUGCACAUGUGUUGAUGGGUUUUUCUCAGCGUUGGUUGUCUGAGAUUUCACAGCUCUCCGUCACCUCCCUUCUGAAGCUGGUAAUAGAAACGAGCAGUAGCACUGUGCUGUUCCUUCAUUCUGGUAUUGCUAUCUACCCAGAGCCUUGUGUCUUUUUUUAAGAAGGCUACCUGGCUUAUCCUCUGUCUGGGCUUUUCUGGCCAUGAGGACAUGGAGUGAAGAUUUUGGAGCUCUGUCCCCUGUGUCCUGGCAUUUAAUUAUUUUUCGAGACACGUGAGCCAGAUCUGAGUAGAAGAGCUUGGCAGAAAGAAAACCACCAGUUACGGCUUCUGAGGGCCCAGUCUCUGGAAUGGUUCUACAAUAAUGUGAAGAUCCGCUUCAAGCGCUUUGGCAGUGCCAAGGUUCUGAAGAACCUGUACAGGAAGCACCGGCUGGAGAGUGGUGCGUGCUUCGAUAUUCUAGGAGGAAGCCUUUUUGAGUCAAACCUGGAGAAUGAAGGAAGCAUUUCUGGCAGUGAUUCAACAUUUUAUAGGCAGUCAGAAGGACAUAGUGUGAUGGACACCUUGGCUGUGGCCCUACGGGUGGCUGAAGAGGCCAUUGAGGAAGCAAUUUCCAAAGCAGAAGCAUAUGGGGACAGCCUGGACAAGCAAAACGAAGCCAGUUACCUGCGGGACCACAAGGAGGAGCUAACUGAGGAACUGGCCACGACAAUCUUGCAGAAGAUUAUACGAAAACAGAAGAGCAAAAGUGAGCAGCAAGUGGAAGAAGAGCCAGGAUGGCCACAUCCCCAGAGUGGUAGCACAAAAGUGGCAGAUGAAGGGACCUCAGCAUCUCCUGGAGGCCACCGCACCCCUGCUGCCCUCUGGCGGUCCCAGUCUGCCUUCUCAAUCACUGGAGAAGAAGCCCUGAAGACUCCUCCAGCAGAGGCUGCAUCGAGGCAGCCAAGGGACCAAGGCCAACACCCAAGAGCAGAGUCUGCUCUGCCCAGCUGGAAGAGCGUGGACAGGCUGGAUGAAACAAACCUGGCCCCAGUUUUACAGAGCCCCGACGGGAACUGGGUGGCCCUGAAGGAUGGCGCUCCGCCCCCUACCCGACUACUGGCCAAACCUAAGAGUGGGACAUUUCAGGCCCUGGAGGUGGCCUCCAGUGUGGCAUCUGCCUACGAUGAGAUGGGCUCCGAUAGCGAGGAAGACUUUGACUGGAGUGAGGCCUUGAGCAAGCUGUGUCCCAGGUCCCAGGGCCUGCCCAGGAACCCCCAGCCUCAGCCCACACAGGCCCAGAGCACUGACCAAGGCCCCAUAGCUGCCUCCCCAUCCUCCGCAAUCUCCCCCAACCCUGAGGCCAUGUGCUCCGACUCGGAGACUUCCUCCGCGGGCUCUUCCCGAGAAGUUGGACACCAGGCCAAGCUGUCCUGGUUGCAGAGGAAGGCCCCCAGGAACCCUGCAGCCGAGAAGAUGCACCUGCAGGGAGAACUGGACGUGAACUUCAACCCCCAGGUGGCCAGCAGGGAGACCUCAGACAGCAGCGAGCCGGAGGAGGCCCCCCACACCACAGACCGGCGGGCCAGGAGGUGGAGAAGAGCCCGACUGGGCUCAGAAGAGCCAAGCAAAGAACCAUCUUCCCCCAGCGCCCAGCUCCGGGAUCUGGACACACGUCAGGUGUCGGAUGAUUUAUCAGAGACAGACAUCAGCAAUGAGGCUCGGGACCCCCGGACUCCCACAAACACCACAGAGGAGAAACGGAGAAACAGGCUGUACGAGUUAGCAAUGAAAAUGAGUGAAAAGGAGACUUCUUCAGGGGAGGAUCAGGAGUCUGAGCCCAAGACAGAAUCUGAGAACCAGAAGGAAAGUCUGUCCUCUGAAGACAACAGCCAGAGCGUCCAGGACGAGCUGAAGAAGAAGUUUUCUGCUGUUUCUCUCUGCAACAUCUCCACAGAAGUCCUGAAAGUCAUCAAUGCCACAGAGGAGUUGAUAGCAGGAUCUACAGGGCCCUGGGAGUCCCCACAAGUCCCUCCUGACAGAGAGAAGGGGACGUUUCCUCGUGGGACAGACCAAGUGAGACUGGAUGAGCAGCUGACUUCCCUGGAAGAAAAUGUAUACCUGGCAGCAGGCACUGUGUAUGGACUGGAGAGCCAGCUGACUGAGCUGGAAGAUGCCGCCCGCUGCAUCCACAGCGGCACUGAUGAGAUCCAUCUGGCGGAUCUGGAGGACCAGGUGGCCACGGCUGCAGCCCAAGUCCACCAUGCUGAACUCCAGAUUUCUGAUAUUGAGAGCCGGAUUUCAGCCUUGACCAUUGCAGGAUUAAACAUAGCACCAUGUGUGCGCCUCACAAGAAGACGGGAUCAGAAGCAAAGGACCCAGGUACAAACCAUAGAUACAUCAAGGCAGCAAAGGAGGAAACUGCCUGCUCCACCGGUGAAAGCUGAAAAAAUUGAGACAUCUUCAGUGACGACCAUUAAAACAUUUAACCGCAACUUCAUUCUCCAAGGCUCCUCAACAAACAGGACUAAGGAAAGGAAAGGCACCACCAAGGAUUUGAUGGAGCCUGCUCUGGAGUCAGCUGUGAUGUACUGACACCAUGGAAUUCCACUGCCAGUGACUCACUGCCUCCGGCCGUACACGACAGUGCCUUGACCCAACAGCCAUCGAGUACUGUAUGGAUUUCCACCUGAGGAGAAGGCCUGGGGAGGCCACAGUGCACCAUUGCACAGGGCUGUCCUGAUACCUCAUCCAGAAAGCUGUCUCAGACUUCAGCAUUGCGGUCUUGCCCACUCUCUGCCUUAGGCUCCCAGGGGAAUCCAAGACAGAAAACCAAGACACUGGCUUCCAACAGCAGAGCUCCAUGUUUAAGAUACAUAUUUUCCCUGUUUGCUUUGCUACUGUGUGUUGACUUUAAGAUCUUUUUUUUUUUUUUUAUCCCUUUGAUUCGGCUAGUAUUCCAUGUCAACAAUUUUUCCAAAAGAAAACUGUUGGAGGGGGGUGGAGGGAGGAAGGUGGGAAUUAUUAUUUAAUCCAUCAUUAAUGCUUAUUAAUCUCUCACAAGCAUCUUUGUCUUGCAAAUCCUGAGGGAAAAGCAAGUCCAUGCAGUGAACACUAGGGACAGUCUAAUUUGGGGAUUGCUCAACCGUCAAGACUGCAGGUCUCCCUUCAGCCACCUCCUUCCUACUAAAAUCUCAGCCUACCACACUACCAGUCAUUCCCAUUGCUUUGCAAUCACAAGCCACAGGAUGAGAAGUUCUGACUCACUCAUGCCAUGCCCAGGUCUAUCUGAAACAGUGUCUCAUUAAGAAUUUAGGGUUCUUCCAUGGGCUUACUGACAGUUUCCCAAAACUGAAGGGGAAAGGGGCUUGAGAAAGACCAUCAUUGGCUCAACUUUAGGGCACUGUCCAGAAUCAACAUGAUGUGGUUUAGCAAUGAUCACAUCUAAAUAAAGUUUAGGUAAAUGAAUUACCACAGAGAAAGACCACAUGAGAAAAAUUUUGUCCUCCAAAUUUACUUCCCAAUAAAUAUUCAGCAAAGUAGUAAAAUGACCUUAAAGAUAAAAAUGAUUAGGAAAUAGCCUUAGAUAAUUUAUAGGUAUAAAAAAUUCAAGGACAAACUGUGCAUUUAAUGGACGCAAGAGUUGACUCUAACUCCAUGUCUGUGGUUUCUUUGAACCCAUAUCAAAUGCAUGACUAUUUAGAGUGUUUAUAAAAGCAAAUGGAACUGAACUUUCACUCAAUUAAUUGGGCACUAACAACCUUCUUUUAUGUUUGUUCCUGAUAUAGUCUGAAUCUUAGGAAGGUAAAAGAAAGGAGGCAAGAGAAGAGUUAUAAUGAAUGUGUGUUAAGUGCCUGCUCUGAAGGAGGCAAUGUUCUUCUCAUUUUAAUCCUUAUGGCAACCUUAUUCAAUAAGUUUUCCCAUGUUUCAAAUUUAAUAACUGAAGGCCAGAGAGAUUAAUUUGCCAAAGCCACACCUUUAUGCUAAUUAUGAUUGGAAUGCAUCACAAAAGCCUAACUCUGUUGUUUUCAACCUCUACGUUAUUUUGCUGCUAUGUGCAUUUCCAGAUCUGAUUUUCUGCUGAUUUGUGUGCUAUGAUCCACUCCUGAUGGGGGUCUAUGUUAUCUUCCAAUAAUACUCCUUGCUGAUGCUGUGUUAUGUGUCAUCUAACAGAAAUGACUCCUUUGAAAUAAGUAAAUCUUCGGCUUUUUGUUCUGUUGGUGUGAUUCAAAGCAAAACAAAAACAAAUUUUAAAAACACGACAAAAAAAGAUUUGACUUCCAAAUAGAACGUUUUCUUUAACAGGCAUGAAAAGCAACUAUUGUUGUGUUACAGUGUUAAAAAUAUUCAGUUUUCUUUGACAAAAAUGUGUACUGUGUAAGCCUUGCAAACAAAAAACAACAAAAAAGAAGAAUAAGCAGCCUGCUGUGUGGCAUUUGAACUUUUAUAAAGGUUUCCUUGUGCCAAAUAAGUGCAAAGAUUUAAUUUACUAUUAAAAACCAUAAGCAUAUGUUAUAGUUCCAGAAGAAUUAUUUUGUCAUCAAGUGAUUUUGAUCUUUAGUGUCAAUAUUUAUAUUUAGAUUAAUUUUUAUAAAUGAAAAUAUUUUAAUGGUUUAAGAAAAUGAGGACAACAGGAUAAUAUCUUUGAUGACUUCUGAAAGUUAUGCUUCCCUUCAUGUUAUAUGCACAUUGCCAAGAAUUACUGUCAAGAGAAAUGAUAAGUAAAAGUCAUUUAUGAAAAUAAA